CUGCUACAAGCCACCCCUCACUCCCCCUCUCGUCUAGCUUUUCUUCUUGUUUCAAGUGGCAAUGGAUGUGAUCUCUCACAUAUCAACAUCAACUUUAAAUCCCAACGCUCCGUUGUUCGUCCCGCUGUCAUAUCGAACGGUGGAGGAUUUUUCCGACCAAUGGUGGGCUCUUGUCCAAUCCUCCGCUUGGUUCCGAGACUACUGGCUCCAAGAACGUUUCCAUGAUCCCGAAGCUGAACCUCUAUUCUCUGAUAUUUGCGAUCCUGUGCUCUCCGAGGAUCUAGACUCUCUCUUCUUCGACGACCCAAUUUACGACACCAUCAAAGGAGAGGAGGUGGAGUUGAAGGGUUGCAAUAAGGAAUUGGUUUCGCUUGGUGUUUUGAAGUGGAAAAUGGAUCGAUUUGAUCGUGCUCAGGCACCAAGGUAUUUGGAGAAGAUACCGAAGAUUGUGAAUGUGAAGCUGAGUCCAAGGACGAUUCAGCAACCGAGGCAGAGUUGUAUGACUCGGUGAGUUUGAGGAUAACCCAGUUGGGUUGUUUUGUGUACAAGGACUGGCUAUGAACGGGGUACUAGCUGUUUUUUUUCCUUUUAAUUUGGGUUUUUCAUGUUAUUGUGUAGAAAAUAACGUACUUUGUAAAAUUGUAACUUUAUUUCUGUCAUAAAAAAUGUUGUGAAAUAACAUGCGGUAAUUAUAAAUAAA